AUGGAUGAACAUACACAGUUUGUAGAAGGAACGGUGAGUUUUGCUUCAAAAUUCAAGAUUCAAUGAAAUGUAUUUUCAGGUUGAGGUCAAGAGUGCUUUGGAAUAUGGCCGAUCAAUUUUAUUUUCCGUUUUAGAUUCAUUAGAUGGCGACAAAACAAUUGUUUGGGACAGAGACAGAAGUUUGAUGCAUCGAGUUAACUUGGUUAGUCAUUUUUUUUUUUCAUAUUUUAUUGAUCCGGAGAUCUAGAAACUUGCAUUUUUUUAGUUUGCCGGUGCAUCUCUAUUAGCAACUCACGGUGUAGUUGCAAAUCAUGGAAUCGAAACUCGUAAAAGAGCAGAAACUCCACAUGUUGUGUUUUUCCUUUCACCUACAAUAAUUUCUCUCGAUUUGUUAUGUGAUUAUAUCGAUAAUGUUCAAAAUGAUCCGGUUCGUUUGAAUUUAUCAAACUUCAAAGACAUGAAAGUUGUUUCAGAAAACUUUGUAUCAAGUGUUUUUCAUUCCGGAAGCAUGGUAUGUUGUGAGAGAAAAAUUGAAACUUCGAGAAAAUGGUAAAUAUUGGGAACGUCUCGAAUCAGUUAAAGAAAUCCCUUUAUGUUGGUUGCCACGAGAUGGAGAAUGUUUAUCAUUGUCACAACCACAAAUUGCAUCGAAACUUCUUUUGAAUGGAGAUUGGACACCUUUACAUAAAUGUGCAACUGCUUUGAAUCAACUUAUUGAUAUGUCUCGAGGUGAUAUUACAAUAAAUCCUAAUCAAAGAGUUAUGACGAUUUAUUCAAGAGGAAAAUGGUCUCAAGAUGUUGCGAAAAUGGUUCAAAGAAUUAGAACAUCAACAGAAGUUACUAAUAACAAUAUAUUCAUUCCUGGUGUCACUGAUUCUAGCUUGAAAAUUAAUAGAAUUGUAGGUUGUAGAGGGUUAUUCAAAAAUUAAAUAAUUUUCUCGGGUUUCAGGUCAUAAUUGAUCGCUGGAUUGAUCCAUUAACACCAAUGUUAACUCAAUUGACAUAUAGUGGAUUAUUAGAUGAAAUGUUCAAAACUGGAAUGGUUAAUUCAAUAAAAGUGCCACUUGGAGAAUUUGAAGAGAAAGAUGAUGCAGAUCCAUUUGAUUCGAAGGAAAUUUAUUUGACAGACGAAGUGCGGUUUCUCUCAUUCUCCAAAUUUUAAUUUUAAAAAACAUUUUUUUUCAGAUUUAUCAUCGUCUCAAGCACUCUCAUAUUAAUUGUUUUGGUCAAGAAGCUGCGAAAAUUCUGACCGAAUUGAAAGAAGACGAACAAUUUGACAGAGAAAAAAUGUCGGUUGCCGAAUAUGCAGUGUUGGUGAAAAAAAUGCCGAGAAUUUUGAAACGAAAACAAUUCACAUCAACUCAUAUGAGAUUAGCUGAAAUGACUCGAAUGCAUUUAUAUUGCAAAUUAUCGGAUACUGUUAAAAAUGAAAAAGGUUUUGAAAAAAUAUUUGUUUUCCUCAAAUCUAAUAUUUUUCAGAACUUCUCGAAGUUUCGGAUGGCGACAAAAUUCUACCGUUCCUUGAAGAUCAAAUAUUUGAUGCUGCACCCCUUUAUCGUAUUCUUCGCCUCAUUUCUGUACAUUCUUUGACAUCUGGCGGUUUAAAACCUUCAGUUUUACAACAAUAUCGGAGAGCUGUAAAUCAGGUAUUUUGAAACUAAAUUUCAAACGAAAUAGAUAUAAAUAUUUUCAGAGUUAUGGUUCUUCUGCAUUGAAUAAAAUAUUGAAAAUGCAAAAAAUGGGUUUGAUUCGAGAAAAAGGAGGAAGUGGAAAAAUGUCUUGUGAAUAUGCUCCGAUUUUGUUUCAACAAAUGAAAAAACAAUAUGAUAUGCUUCCCCAAAAUGUUAAUGAAAUGAAAUUGGAUGACCCUUCAUACGCUUAUAGUGGAUUCACUCCUUUGUUAGUGAAAAUAAUCGAAGAAGGAGAUAAAGUAAGAUGGACUGGAUGGCAGAAAACAAUUGUUGGAGCUGAAAAUUCAACGACUAAAAAUGAUGUUAUUGCAGGUAACAUAUUCAAUUUAUCCACUUUUUAUCUACUUCAGAAAUUUCAGAUUCUGAUAGCAGUGGAACUUGUAUUUUCGUACUUGGCGGCAUAACUCGCGCAGAAACUGCAAUCAUCAAAGAAUCUUUACCGAAUGUGUCUUUAAUUACAACAAGUGCAAUGCUUACUGGUGAUAAAAUUCUGGAAAAUAUUACUAAUAUUUAA